AUGUAUGCAACAAGCCCCAGCAUAAGCCACGCAGAGUCUGCUCAGGCUGAAGUGGAGGUAAUAAAGGACCAGUUUAAACUACAUAUCAGCAGUCACCAAUCACCAGACUUUGCACCAGCCACCACCACACAGUGUCCACCGUCAGCACCAGCCACCACCACACAGUGUCCACCGCCAGCACCAGCCACCACCACACAGUGUCCACCGCCAGCACCAGCCACCACCACACAGUGUCCACCACCAGCACCAGCCACCACCAAGCAGUGUCCUGCCUCUGCUGAUGCCUCCGUAGUGCCACCGCCUCCACCACUCAUUUGCAAGAAUAGAGAAUCAGUGGUGUGUCCACACUGUGCUCAAAUUUUAAACAGAAGAAAUUUGCGAGUACAUCUCCAGAGACGCCACACACCAAUAAAACCGGACAUCACCGCCCAACACCACCUGAACUGCCAAUGCAUCGACUUUGAUAAUGGUGUAUUUGCAGUUGUAAAAUCAUUUGCCACCCCCAGCACACCAGUACAUGUCAUCAAGAGGACUUGGGGGCAAAACCAGAAAACCCAGUGUGAGAUGGACAUCUGCAAGAUAAAUAUGGACUGUGCAGAGCGCUCCAAUUUGAGAACAUUUGAAUGUCCUCACAUUCAAUCCCUCUCAUACUGCCCUCCGGCAGCGCAAAUUCAUUCUGCUCUAUCAGAGGAAGUUCUGCAGCAGAUGGUGGAAGAGAAGUGGUUUGGGCAGGACAAGAAAGACAGGUGUCUGGCACAGCAGAGGGCUGCCGUGGAGGCUGGGACUCCACUCUCCUGUGUAGUUAGCGUCUCCGGUCCUCCUUCUAAGAAAUAUUUGUCUGUUUUUGAGCCAACAGUGGCAUACUACAGCAGGCUUGGUCGGGUCAUGGUCAGCUUUGAUACUAAGAAAAUAACUUGGCACUGUCCAUGCGCGAAGCCCCGUCAGUCCUGCAUCCAUAAGUAUGUUGCCAAGUGGCAUUUAUUUCAGACAGAUCAGGGACUUUUUAGGAAAACUAGAUGUCUUGAGGCAGACAAAGGAACCAUGCUGUUCAGUGAAAACAUAGAAGGUGCAGCGGAGGAGGAGGAGGAAGGAGUGCAUUAUCCACCUACAGGCAAAAUACUUGUGAAUAUGGUUAAGGACAUCUACCACAAUAAGAAACUCCCAGCAGUUCUUCCUCAUGAUGCAGUCCACACCAGCUCAUUCCCAUCUGCCUUAAUUCCACCUGAAACAUUUUGCAGAGCAUGUCCGGACUAUACAAUGCUGAGUGAACCAGCACUAAUAACGUCCAAGGCGAAAAUUGUUUCCAUGACAGAUGUCAUAGAGGGAAUUUCAGUGUACAGCAAGUGGUGCAGUAGGUGUGGCCUGGUGUACAGAUACCAGGAGUGGUCUGAUGGUAUCCACAACUUCGAUGAUCUCACACUAUUGUCUCUUCACCUUUGUCUCUUCCUGCGAAACACUCUUCAGACUCACCAGGCUGUUGGUAGUGUUAUCGAGGCGCUUGAAAAAACAUCUGGUAAACUUUACCCGUCAGCGCAAAGGAUUCUACAGGCUUACCUGACCUUUGAAGCUCUUUGUGACCACAGCUACACAUUUGCAUGUGUUUCAUGCGGCUAUCAUCCUGUGACUGUGGUUAUGGACCUGCACAAAAAAGGAGUAUUUAGUAUGCCUGUGAGCAGUAUUGAGGAACCACCAGCAGAUUUUGAUGGCAAGGUGGAUGCAGAAGAGUUCUGGGAGAAGGUGGCAAUGGAAGUGAUUUCCCGUGGAUUGGUGCCCAGGCUUCCUAGCCAGCAAUUCGGCAUUGACUGUGGCAUCUUCAUCUUAAUGGUGGGUCCUACUCUGUGA